CAUAGUGCUCAGAUAGGGAUAGCUGGGUGAGACCUAACCAGAGCACACAGGAGCUGCCUGCAUUUGCCUGGCAAAGAGGUCCAACGAGGUCCACUGCUAGGACAUGAGUGAGCAGCAGGAAAGGGAGACAGAAGAGGAUGAAGGAGGUACUUCAGACACAGCACCCAUGCUGCCCCGAAGAAGGUCUACUGACUACCAUAUCUCAGUCCUGGUAUGCCCAGAGUGGCCUGUCCUGGCCACCCAAGGCCUCAGGACCCUGUUGGUGCCUGGCCGAGCUCUGGUUGGGUUCCUGUUCCAUCUGCUGCUACCUGGGACAGUCUUCCUGCUGGUAUUGCUGCCAGCAGCUGCCAUUGUCUACCUGGGAUUCCUGUGCCACUCAAGGGUUCAUCCAGCCCCGGGGCCACGGUGCCGAGCGCUGCUCUCAGACCGCGGCUCUGCAGCGCUCAUCGUGCUGGGAUUCCUCUCCCUGCCGCCGCUCCUGGUGCUCGCCUCGGCCGCCCGCUCCCUCCUGGCCCGGCGACUACGCCCUGUGCCGCCUACCCCCGCGAGGGCCCCUGCACCACCGAGAUGCAGCAGCGAAGAGGGUCUGGCGGGCGACCGCCCUGACGAAGAGAAACAGCUCUGUGCCUGGGUCUGAUGCCUCAGAGGCGUCUCGGUGUCGAGAGCCCCGCCUUGACCCCCAUAAAGUGGACCGGUGGAGCGGCUGCCUCUGGGCUCUGAGCGCAGUGCUCGAAGUCGCCAGGAGAUGGCAACCGGAUCCCUUAGACCAGGGUGGCGCUUCUCAGAGGCGGGAGGUGGUCCUCUGAGAAGGUGCCCUGGGCUCUGCUCCCUCACAAAGCGAAUGCCCUCCAUUCCCUCCUGUGCUCAGCAGCCAGCUUUGCGGAUAUCUGUGUCCCCCAAAACAGUGCUAGUUCUAGAAGCUCCAGGAUGACCAGUAACAACCGGACUUCAUGACUUACCUUGAGACUCAGCUUGAGGACAAGGCUCAUUUGGGUCUAUGGUCAAAAUAUUACCAGGUCAGGUUUCAGGUGAGAUCUAGGAUUAGUAGCUCAGCGGAAGCCCAGGGUCAGCAACUUUAUGUUGAUUGGAGUUUUGACUGCAAGUGUAUCUGUGUAAGGUUGUCCCCAAGCCCUGGAACUGAAGUUACAGACAGGUGUGAGCUGCAGUAUAGGUACUGGAAAUUGAACACGGGUCCUCUGGAAGAACAGACAGGGUUCUUAGCCCCCCAAGACUCAGUUUGUUUUCAGGGUCAGGUACCAAUGUGUAUCCAGAACUGGAGCUCAACCUCUGACCAAGGUUCUUUUCUUUUGAGACAGGCAGCAGGGUAAAAGCUCAAUUUUACAGUGUGGGUAAUUUUAAGGUUUGUCUUUGCUUUUGGCAGGCUACAGCUUUACUAACAAUUUCCUAAGUAUGGUUAAAUUAUCCUCCUCCUCCUUGUUUCCUAUCUCCUCUUCCUCCUCCUGCUCUCCUUUUUUCUCUUCUUCCUUCUCCUUCCAGGUUCUCAUCAUGCUAGAACUAGAAUAUCUUAUUUAUUUUAAUUUUUUUAGUAGUCCUGGGAUGGAAUUCCAAGCCUUAUACAUGUUAGGCAAGCACUUUACCACUGAGCUAUAUCCUCAGCUCUGGAUAUGUUUUUAAAUUUUUGUUUGUUUGUC